UUAGGGUCGUGUGCGCAAGGCGAUGCUCACUCUCCAGAGCCCUUUAGUGCCGCACUGCCAUGCUCUUCCGCCGCUGUCACACUCCGGACCCGUGAAACCUUUUUUCCUUAUUUAUUUUUUAACCUUUGUGGCACUCGGGGGACGGCAAAAUUCAGAAACAAAGAACUGAAAAGUUGGCGGGCAGAGAGCAAGCAGAAACAGCAGCGGCGCCAUGGCCACCCAGGGUUACAGUCAGGAUGAGUCCAGUGCGGACCGAAAUGUCGAGAUCUGGAAGAUCAAGAAACUAAUCAAGAGUCUGGAAAUGGCCAGGGGGAAUGGCACUUCUAUGAUUUCCUUAAUCAUCCCCCCAAAGGAUCAGAUUGCCCGAGUAAGCAAGAUGUUGGCAGAUGAAUUUGGUACAGCGUCCAACAUCAAAUCUCGAGUAAACAGACUAUCAGUCUUGUCCGCUAUCACAUCUGUACAGCAGAGGCUCAAACUCUACACUAAAGUUCCGCCCAAUGGCUUGGUGAUUUACUGCGGUACCAUUGUCACAGAGGAAGGAAAGGAGAAGAAAGUCAACAUAGAUUUUGAACCUUUUAAACCAAUCAACACAUCUUUGUACCUAUGUGACAAUAAGUUCCACACAGAGGCUCUUUCUGCAUUGUUGGCAGAUGACAACAAAUUUGGCUUCAUUGUUAUGGAUGGUAACGGAGCACUUUUUGGCACAUUGCAAGGCAACACGCGAGAGGUUCUACACAAAUUCACUGUUGAUCUGCCGAAGAAACACGGUCGUGGUGGUCAGUCUGCACUACGUUUUGCACGUUUACGAAUGGAGAAGCGGCACAACUAUGUGAGAAAGGUGGCAGAGACUGCAGUGCAACUUUUCAUCUCCAACGACAAGCCCAAUAUUGCAGGGUUGGUAUUAGCGGGGUCUGCAGAUUUCAAGACUGAACUCUCACAGUCAGAUAUGUUUGAUCCGAGGUUACAAUCCAAGGUGAUAAAGUUGGUAGAUGUUUCAUAUGGAGGAGAGAAUGGUUUCAACCAGGCCAUUGAACUAGCUGCAGAAUCUCUGGCAAAUGUCAAGUUUAUCCAGGAAAAGAAACUUAUUGGCAAGUACUUUGAAGAAAUCAGUCAAGACACUGGCAAAUACUGUUUUGGUGUUGAUGAUACACUAAAAGCUUUGGAGUGUGGAGCAGUAGAGAUUCUUAUUUGCUGGGAAAACCUUGAAAUUGUUAGAUAUAUCUUGAAGAACCAUCAAACGGGUGAGGAGACCAUUAUGCAUCUUACGCCUGAACAGGAGAAAGACAAGACCCACUUCACCGACAAAGCUACUGGAGUAGAACUUGAGUUAGUGGACUCUAUGCCAUUGCUAGAGUGGCUUGCCAACAACUACAAGAGCUUUGGAUCCACCUUGGAAAUCAUCACCGACCGAUCGCAAGAAGGAUCGCAGUAUGUACGAGGUUUUGGUGGCAUAGGAGGCAUCCUCCGCUACAAGGUGGACCUCCAAUGUCUCGAGGACUUGGAGGAGUUGGGAGAUCUGGACCUUGAUAUUGAUGAUUACAUCUAAAUAGUAUCCCUGCCUUAGCGUUUGUAGGGGAUCUUACGUUACAAGGUUGACUUGCAGCAGCUGGCAGACCUGGAAGAAGACUUCAAUGACAUUGACCUGGAUGACUACAUGUAAAUUGCAGGGACUACUCGGAUUUGCGUAGGGCUCGGCAGCGGAAGGGCACAACCACCCAACCUGUGGGAGCACGCAUCAAAAGAAAGCACUUUGAAUUGGCAGCAGCAUCAAAUUUACCAACGGUGUCUGAUUGGCCAGGCCUUGCACUGCUCUGUUUAGUUCCCUUGUUGAGACGCAAGUCACUCCCGAAGAACUGCUGAGAGGAUGUGGUUCUUACAUUGUUGCCUGACAAUCAGGCUUUUUCUGUUCUAUAUUGUAAUAAAUUUUUUGGAAUAUUAUUACCAGCAUCUAAUCCUGGGUAACAUUAAUUACAAGGUGGCACAUUGUGUGGGUGCUCAGGGCAAAGGGAGGGGAGAUGGCAAGGGGAAAGAGGGAAAAGGGAUUUAAAAGGGAUGGAGAUAAAGGGGGAGGGGGGAGGGUAUUAUCCAAUGGAGGUUUACAUAUUUCAGGAUUUAUCUGUUUAUUAAAUUUCUUUUCAAGUGUUUUAUAUGCCAGAAAUUGCUUACUAUUCAGUAGUCUUACCUUAGGCCAAGGCCUGUGGAUGUAAUCCAGGUUUACAUAUUUCUUUUCUCAGUUUAUUCACUGCUGCCAAACUCAAAGAGGGUGAAAUAUGGCAAUCUCUUUUUUUUUUCUUUUAUUAGGGAAUUCUCUUACGAGAUGUGGGUGUUAAUGGAAUGAUAUAUUUAUUGGUUGAAUUGCAUACUGGGCCUCCCAAGCCAACACAUUUUUGUUAGUUUUAUUAUGCAAUUAGAUUGUUAUAAUUUAUUUUUCCUUUUUUUUUUUUUUCUGUAAUGCAACUUGCAAAAUAAUGUGAUAUUCUCAGGCCAUCAACUGUUGCCCAAAUAGCUGUAAAUAUAUAUAAAAAGAUUAUUUGUUCAUAGUUUUCCAGCACAUGCAUAAGGGCUCUUGUAUAACAGUUUGUCAGCAAAGGUCCCAUAUAUAUAUAUAUAUCAAGUUAACUCCGUGGCAGAAAUAGCCCUCAUGAAAAUUCAAAUCUUAAUUGAGAAAUGAAUUACAGAUUAGUUUAAUGAUUCGUUAAUUCUUUUCUUUUAACUAAGAUUGUCAGACAGCUGUGAGAGAUAUUCCAUUAUCGUAAGUGGUUCUCAUGCAACAGGAUUCGGGGAAUAGCUUUCCGAGUGACUGGUUUUAUCUCAGCACGAAUGGAGAUGGGCCUAAUGCCAGAUACUUCACCCAAGAGGAGAGCCAAUGAUGGGCCCAAAAUUCCAAUUACAGAUUUUUAUUGUUUUAUUUUUUAUAAUUUUCUGGAAGACUGUGGGUGGAAUUGUGUAUGGGUAUGUAUAUUCUCCAUUACCAUAAUGCGUUUUCUCCUCUGAUACUGUGAUCGCUAUAUAUUGCUGUUGAUUAUUAUUAUUAUUUUUUUGUUUUUGUUUUUGUUAGAUGAUAAAUAGUUGCAAGUCAGGGUACAUUUAUAAAGCUCUCAUGGUGUCUCGCAAUGGUAGUCAGAGCAACAGGACAAGGAUAGAUUUAAAAGUGGGGGAGGGGAGAAAAAAAAGUCAAAUGUUCAAGUUUAUGUGGUGUUUAAAAUCCAUUUAGAAGGGAAAGGGUGGGGGGGUUGAAGAGAAAAUGUUGAUGGUAAGAGGAAGCCCAGUCCCUCCUGAUUCUGAUGGCCCUCCUGGGGGAUUCUCAAGGUUCCAAGCCUUGGGGUCCCAGUUCUGUACCGGUCUUUGUGCUCAACGCUGAGUGCCAAUCAGGGUUCAGAUAAAUAAAAAAGAAAGAAAAAAAUAGGAUCGGCUAACUCACAGGGCCUCUUAUGGCUUGGCUGAUCUAGGUGGGCUGCCUGUUGUUUUGAUACGGUUAAUCCCCGAGUGUGGUUAAUUUUUGCCAAACUGUAGCAUGUUAUCUGUGCCUUAUUGGGUAUUUUAUGUUCCUGUUCCUAUGGACAGGGUACAAGUAUUUGCGCGAGGAAAUGAUGUACUUGGAUGAAUUAUUGGCUCGUCUUGACUACAAGGUGUCUGCACAUUACCUCAGUUUGCACUUCCAUUUUAGGUAAAAACCUCCAGUCAAGGUUUGGACUUGUAAGUCGAGGAGUCUGUGUGCGUGGAGUGGUGGACGCAUCGUGGAUUACACAAGAGACUUAGACAUGGAUCUGCAUCUAUUCCAUAUUUUUUUAUGGUGGAAAUAAUCUACUAUGCUUUUGCCAGCACUUGACUCCUGGCACAUGUGAACUUCAAAUGACGAUAAAAUAUGCAUUCUGUCAAGAUUGAGGUAGGGAUUAUAAAGUAAUGGAUGAUCCUGGUCCAUUGCCUUGGCAAUAUUUAGAAAAAAGAAACGAGUAAAAUAAAUGACAAGAAAAAGGGAAAAACAACAACUUUCCAAUUUUGGAACUUGUGACAUAUAAAAAGUCUGAAGAAUUAUUUAUUUUUAUUGUACUUUUUUACUAAUGUAUCAUUUUGUGUAAAUCGUAUCGAACUUAAAAUGUAGGUCAGUCCCUAGUGGAAGUAAAGUAAGUUCUUUUCAGAACUGGAAAAUUAAUUUGUAUUUUUUUAUUUUAUCUUUAUUUUUUUUGUAAUGAUUUUUUCUACUUACAUUGGAACUCACUUUUCUAUAAAGUUAAAAAAAAAAGAUUUGUAGUGUGAGGCAGCCAGUUAACGUUAAUUUGUAAGUACCAACGGGCUUUAAGCAGCUCUUUGUUGAUUCGUAAUUUCAUCAUUUGCCCUCUUGUAUAAAAAUGCUUUAGAUAUUUUAUGAAUAUCAUUAAAUAGUUGUAAUUCUGAAAUCAGAAAAUCCAAAUCUUCAAAUAGGAAAUACUGUUUGUCUCCAAAUGAAAGUCCCCAGCCCAAGCCAGCCGCCAGUGUACUAUUGUUUUCUCUAGGGUGUUCUUGAAGACCUGUAUGGAUCGGCUAAUAAAAUACUUUAGGGAAUUUA